AUGAGUGGGAACGGUGCCGCAAAGGCGGCCAAAGGCGCGGGCAAGGGACCGCCCCCAGGCAAGAAGGCCCCUGCGGUGAAGGGGAAGGCCUCGGCGGCCAAGGAGGGCGCCGCGAAGGCGCCGCCCAAGGCCACGCUGCCGAAGCUGGGGGAGAACAUCUUCGGCAAGCGCCUGCACUGGCAGAACGCCACCACCGAGGUCGAAGGCGAGAGCGUCUUCGGCGAGCUGCGCAGCAGCGGCCCCGACUUUGAUCCGCAGCUGCUGAAGUCCCUGCUCAUCAACCAGCCGGACCAGAGCAAGGCCCCAGGCGGUGGCGCGAGGCGUAAGGCGGUGGCGAAGAAGGCGGCGGGCAUCGCGGUGCUGGACGGCACCCGCGCGCAGAACAUCGCAAUCGUGCUGAGCAAGAUCGAGUCGAGCAUCUCCGCGGAUGCGCUGUGCACGUGCCUCGCCGACCUGGACUUCGACGAGGCGCGCCUCAGCGUGGAGGACGUGGAGCUGCUCAUCGACGUGCUGCCGAAGGACGACGAGGCGCGCAAGGUGCUGGACCACAAGAAGAAUGUGAGCGACUUGAGGGACGUUGAGCAGAAGGUCAUGCCCUUCUGCGAGCUGCCCAAGUGCGUCGUCCGCCUCAAGCUGAUGAAG